UGUGGUGGUGGGAGAGGAGGGUUGGAAGGUCGUGGCGGAGGGAGAGGCCGCGGACGUGACGGCGGUAGUAGAGGAGGGCUAAAAGGUCGUGGCGGCGGGAGAGGCCGCGGACGUGACGGCGGUGGUAGAGGAGGUGGGAGGGGUCGUGGAGGACAUGGUGGAGGGAUGGAGGGCGGGAGCAGGGUUGUUGUUGAGCCGCAUAGGCAUGAUGGAGUGUUUAUUGCGAAGGGGAAGGAGGACACUCUUUGCACUAGGAAUUUGGUUUCUGGAGAGUCUGUGCAGAUCCAAGUUAGCAGCAGUGAUUCUUGGCGGUGUUGAUAAUAUUUGGAUUGUAUGUGUUGGUUCUUACUAUAUCUUGAAUCUUAACUGUUUGUUUCUCUUUUUGGCCUGUGAUUUUUGAGUUUUAGAAAGCCAUCCAAUGCAGAUGUGCUGAUUUGUUGCCUCAGAGAUUGUUUUCUUAACCUUUUUUUUUUUUUAUCAGAAAUUAAUGUGUGAAUGCUCCUGAUCGUCCUCA